CCUCCAACACGCUCACAUGUUUCUGACCCGCUCGUGUUUUGGACCUGCAGGUUACGCCCGGGUCGUCCUGGCGCUGCUGUCCUUCUACCUGAUGCCGUGCUGUCCGUGGCCCGCCGUCUUCUGCUACCUGCUCAGCGCUCUGCUGGACGCCUUCGACGGCCACGCGGCGCGGGCGCUCAAUCAGUCCACGAAGUUUGGAGCCAUGAUGGACAUGCUGACGGACCGCUGUGCCACCAUGUGUCUGCUGGUCAACCUGUCCCUGCUCUACCCGUCUUACACCUUCCUGUUCCAGCUCAGCAUGUGUCUGGACAUCGCCAGCCACUGGCUGCACCUGCACAGCUCAACAAAAAAAGGAUCCGCCAGCCACAAGACCAUCGACCUCUCUGGAAACCCCGUACUCCGUCUCUACUACACAUCCAAG